AUGGUAGAUAUUUAAUCCUAUAUCAAGGAUUAAAACAGCCGUGAUUGUAAAUCCCCUGUAUUGGCAGAAGAAUUUCGCCGGGUCAAUUCGGGGAUAUUGACCGCUGACAAUUCUGCUAACCUUACUCCGAAUCCUAAGACUCGCCUCUCAUUUAUUCAGAGGAGGUUACUCAGAAAUCAGCAACAGUGUCUGAGUGACUUGGCUCUUGAUAAGCCUAAGUAGGACCAAGAUAAGAUUUUUGGAUUUGAAAAAAGUGAGUAAGUUGCAGGUGUUGGUCUCUCUGAUACGAAGCACCUACAACUGCUAAACUAAAAAAGAAAGAUUUCAUUAAAUACAGUAAGCAAUGAGUGGCCCGAGAUAUCAGCCCUCUCUCUAUAAGAGUAGGAAGAUAUAAAGUUUUUUGGUAUAUUGAGCUCCAAGGAUACUACCUCAAAAUAUUUGUUAACUCGGGAAAACACAGGCGUAAAGAAUAUCAUAUGA